AUGGUUCGUCUAUUUUCUAUUGUUAUUGUCUUUCUAACAUUCAUCUAUGCAAUUGAAUGCGCUGCUUUAAGAAGUUCUCAACCAUGCCCGCCUGUUAAGUGUUCAGGUAAACCGAAACAAUGUGCAUAUGGUUAUCAAAAAAACAAAGACGGUUGUGAAAUUUGUAAAUGUAAUGACCCAUGUAAUCCACCUGGAAAAGCAAAACUUUGUGGACCCAAACAACGAUGUUUUGUUGAUAAGAAACCUGAUGGAACAUUUCAAGCUCGUUGUGACACAUCAUCACCGAAAAAUCCUAAAGAAAAUAAACCGAAAGAUAAAGCUUCAAAACCUGAGUGCAAUUUACCGAAAUUAACUGGUCCAUGUCGAGCAUCUUUCCCACGUUUUUAUUAUAAUGCAGCUACUCAAAGCUGUGAAUCAUUCACUUAUGGAGGAUGUCGAGGCAAUAAAAAUAACUUUAACACAAAAGCUGAAUGUGAAAAAGCUUGCCUAGCCUAA